CGAGGAGCGAAUGCUACCCUUUGAUAAACCCCUUCGAGCAUGAUAAUGCAAACAUCACUGAUUCACACAGACAGCUUUUGUAUAUGCAUGGGACAUUUGUCAUCCUGAUGCCCCUCAGCCUAAUAUUGAUGGUUUUUGGAGGAAUGACCGGAUUCAUUAGCAUUCUUGCCAGGGCCUACCUACUGCUUCUAAUGACAGGACUGCUUUUUCUUUUUGGAG